GCUGUGGCUGUGGGACCGGGACUCGGAGCGGACCCGGUUCAGGGGGAGAUGAUCCCGGAGCUGCUGCUGCUGCUGCUCGGGGCAGGGCUGAUUCACCCCGCGUGUGCGCAGACGCUGGCCGAGAUGCGGCAUGAGGAAGGGCCGCCGGGGCAGGGGGCCGGGGGGCCAUACCCCAGAGCCAGUGCACGUCUCGAGGACUGGAGGGCAGAGAGCAUGCGGAAAACAUCUGGCGCAGGCCCAGCCUCGUCCUUCACACUGCAGCCCAGGGACAGGGUGGUGGUGGCUGGGCAGCCCGUUACUCUCUCCUGUGCCAUCGCUGGGUAUCACGGCCUCGUACUGUGGACAAAGGACGGUCUCGGGCUAGGAGUGGAGAAGCAGUUGCCAGGUUACCCCCGCUAUUCUAUGGUGGGUGACCCUGUUGUGGGGGAGUACAGUCUGCGGAUAGAGAAAGCCGAGCUGAUCGACGAUGCCGUGUACGAAUGCCAAGCAACACACAUGGCCCUGCGUUCCCAGCCGGCCAGGCUGACUGUGCUCAUCCCCCCAGACGGGCCGGUGAUCAGUGGGGGGCCGGUGGUCAGCCUGCAGGCGGGUGAUGCUUUGAACCUGACAUGCCAAGCGGAAAAUGCCAAACCAGCCGCCCGCAUCACCUGGAUCAGGGACGGAGAACCUCUGCCAGCCACCAGCAGCGUCAAGCGGCUGAUGAAGGACGGCAAGAGGGAGAGUGUGAGCAGCUCCUUACACGUCCCCGCGGGGAGCCUCGCCAGUGGCCAGACCAUCGUCUGCCGAGCCAAGAACCCAGCCGUGCCCGAGGGCAGAGAGACUCACAUCACCGUCGACAUCCAGCACCCCCCUCUGGUGAACCUCAGUGUGGAACCACAGCCCAUCCUGGAGGGCAGCCGAGUGCGAUUCCACUGCUCAGCCACAGCCAAUCCCCCCGUCAGCCACUACAGGUGGGCUAAGGCAGGGGAAGUCCUGGUGGGGGCGGGGGCUGAGGUGUACGAGACAGUUGUCGAUCACACCUUCUACACGGAACCCGUGUCCUGCUCCGUCUCCAACCCACUCGGCAGCACCAACGUCAGCCGCACCGUGGACGUUUACUUUGGGCCGCACCUGACCUCAGAACCUCAGUCUCUUCUGGUCGACCUGGGAUCAAACGCCAUCUUUACCUGCGACUGGACAGGAAACCCAUCGCUCACCAUCGUGUGGAUGAAGCGAGGGUCUGGAGUGGUUCUCAGCAACACCAACGCCAUGACGCUGAGAGCUGUCACUCAGGGAGAUGCUGGGAAGUACACUUGCCGAGCUGUGGUGCCACGGGUAGGAGCAGGCGAGCGAGACGUGACUCUGAUUGUGAACGGGCCGCCCAUCAUCUCCAGCACGCAGACACAGCACGCCCUGCAGGGGGAGAAGGGGCAGAUCAAGUGCUUUAUCCGAAGCACACCUCCGCCAGACAGAAUAGCCUGGUCAUGGAAGGAGAUUGUUCUGGAAUCGGGGACAUCAGGACGCUACACGGUGGAGACGGUGAGCAUGGAGGAGGGUGUCAUCUCCACCCUGACCAUCAGCAACAUUGUGAGGGCAGAUUUCCAAACCAUCUACAACUGCACAGCCUGGAACAGCUUCGGCUCUGACACUGAGAUCAUCCGGCUCAAGGAGCAAGGUGGGGCUGACCUCUGACCUCCCCCAGAAGCGGUGUCACUGGCUGUGGUGGUGGGUGUGGCUGUUGGAGCCGGAGUUGCCUUCGUGGUCGUCCUGGCAACCGUCACCGUCAUCUGCUGCUCGCGCUCACAUAGACACAGUAAGGGUGACGUGUCCGCCAAGAAUGACAUCCGGGUGGAGAUUGUCCACAAAGAUCACAACGGAGCCCAGAAACCCAGCGAGCAGCCGCCCGGUGCCAUCAAACAGAUUCUGCUGGACCGAGGGGAGUUUGAGCAGGAGCCGGGACUGAAACAGCUGGAGGUGCUGAGCGAGGAGGAGAAGGAAUAUCAGCACGGAAAGGACCCCACUAACGGCUACUACAGCGUGCACAGCUUCUCCGAGCUGAGGCCGGUGGCGGUGUCGGGGGCUGGGGGGGCCGGCGGUUGCCCCCCGGAGCUGCGGGCAGUGCCAAGCGGGAAGCACGGGCAGCGAGUGCCCACGGGCAUGUCGUUCUCCACCCUGUACACCCAGCUGAACGCAGCCACUCGCGGCUACGACUACAGUCAGCGCUUUGUGCUGGGCAACGGCAGCAGCUCCAUCGAGCUGUGUGAGCGCGAGUUCCAGCGCGGCUCCCUGAGCGACAGCACCUCCUUCCUGGACGUCCAGUGUAACAGCAGCCUGAGCAGCAGCAGCAAGCAGGAGGCUCAGUUCGACGAAGCCAGCAAAGCCUCCGCCUCGUCCCACUAUUCCCACUCGUCUUCCCAGAACUCGGACUUGACCCGGCCGUUGCACAGGCGGAUGCAGACCCAUGUCUAG